AUGGAAGAUUAUGGUGAGGUUGUAAUUAUUCCUGGGACCAGCUUACUGUGUACUUAUUACUGGUCAUAUAUAUAUUAUGUCAGAGAUGAUCCCCGGGAAAGCCUUCCUGGCUACAAAACUCGGCAUGAUAAUGUAAAUCUCAUCACAUAUGCGGAAAUACAGGAGUACAGUGGGGCUGAACAUCAGUGCUGUUGUGAGGUUGCGGGGAAGUAUCCUAAGAUAAAGUAUGAGGAAGUUGUCAUUGACAAUUGCUGCAUGAUGCUUGUGAGGAAUCCUGCUCUUUUUGAUGUAUUAGUGAUGCCAAACCUUUAUGGUGAAGUUAUUAGUGACCUCUGCUGGCAUGCUGCAACAUCGGGUGAGGGAGGUAUUGCACUAGCCAAGGCUGUACAUGGUUCAGCACCUGAUAUUGCUGAAAAGAAUUUGGCAAAUCCAACUGCUUUACUGCUGAGUGGUGUUUCAAUGUUGCGCCAUUUGAAUCUCCAUGACAAAGCCGACCAAAUUCAAAACGCCAUCCUCAACACAAUUGCAGAAGGGAAGUACCAAACUGCCGAUCUUGGAGGCAAAGCAAAGACAACUGAGUUCACCAAUACAAUUAUUGAUCAUCUCUAA